GGGAAGUUCUCAUGGUUCAGAAGAAAGUGGUUUUUUUUUUGUGAUGUUAUAAAGAAAUUGUUAAAUACAGCCGAAUUUGUUGAGAAACAACUGUAAAUUGCCUAUUUAUUAUAAUUAUUUUUGCUUUUCCUAUCACGUUACUAUAAUCGGUGGACAAAUUCUGUGCAUCAUUUUUUGGUGAUCCACAGAAUUGUAUUGCAGCUUUUUUCGCAUUCAAACUUUAGGAAAGCAUGGCUAAUAAAAAAUUAAGAAGGACUGGUUUACCAGCUGAGUUAUGCAACAGACUCAGCCGCCACCAAAUUGAAACGUGUCAGGACUUUCUGUCUCUCACUCCACUGGAGCUAAUGAGAAUGGCCGGGCAGAGUUACCAGCAAGUUCAAAAGCUCCUCCGCACCGUCAGCCAAGGGUGCGCCCCAAAAAUGACCACGGCCUUAGAGCUGAGGGACCGGCGCUCCCGCUCCUAUUUUCCCACUUCCCUGCGGGGGCUGGACCGGGUCCUGAACGGGGGCCUGGCCUGUGGAACUCUGACCGAGGUGACCGGCCCCUCUGGCUGUGGGAAGACUCAGUUCUGCAUGAUGCUGAGUGUGCUGGCCACUCUGCCGCGCUCGAUGGGAGGACUGGACAGUGCUGUGGCGUACAUCGACUCAGAGUCCGCCUUCUCUGCUGAAAGAUUGGUUGAGAUUGCACUGAAUCGUUUCCCACAGUACUUCAGUGUGCAGGAGCGGCUUUCGGAAAUGGCCGAAAGGAUUUACCUGUUCCGGGAGCUCACCUGCCAGAGUGUGUUAAAAAGGCUGCAGAGCUUGGAGGAGGACAUCAUCUCCAAGAAGGUGGGCCUGGUAAUUGUGGACUCCAUCGCCUCCGUGGUUAGGAAGGAAUUCGACACGAGCCUCCCGGGCAAUCUCUCCGAGAGGAGCAACCUGCUGGUGCAGCAGGCAGCCACGCUCAAGUACCUGGCUGAGGAAUUCGCCAUCCCAGUACUCCUCACUAAUCAGAUCACAACACAUCUGAGGGUUAAAGACGCAGCCCCUGUACAUGAGGAACAGAGCAUACCAGCAGAGUUCGUCCAAUGUGCAGAGGAUUCUAGGUAUGUGACAGCUGCUUUGGGAAACACAUGGAGCCACAGCGUCAACACCAGGCUCAUUGUGCAGUAUUUGGACUCCCAGCGCAGACAGAUCAUCGUUGCCAAAUCCCCAGUGGCUCCCUUUGCCGUGUUUAACUAUACCCUCCAGAAAGAUGGGCUCCACCUGGAAGGAGAUGAAAACCAAGCAAGCUCCACCCAUCAAGGAACUGAUCCUGGGCUUCAGCCAAUCAGAGUGCGGUCAGCCUUUAGCUAUAGCCUCACAGAGACCAAGCCCCAUCAGAUAGCAGAAGCUGCCAGUGAAUAAGGAUGUGCCCACCUCAGCCUGGACUUCCUUUUCAGUUUGUACAGGAAAGAACGGCUGAAGUUAUCCUGUUUAAAAACCACUACUCAUUUGGGAGUAACUUUGUGAACUAAGAGGUGUUGGAUGUGAAGCUCUGUGUUUAAUGGAGGUUGAUUAACAUUCCAUUCUCCUCACAAGGUUGUGUUUUUCUUCAGUGUCCUGCACAGGAACUGGUAAUCUGAAAAAACUCUGGGUGACCUACUGAUAAAAAAAAAUGCCAUUCAAAAGCAUUUAAGAAGAGAAAACACUGAGAUGUUUUCCCAUAAAUCUUUAGUUUCUUCAGGUCCUUGUUUACCUUCAGUUGUCACCUGCACACCCACAUUUAUGAUAUUGUGGGCUGUGCUUUCCGCUCUGAAACUUAUAGCAGGUUUUUAUGUAAAAAGGAAAAAGCAAAUUCUUCAGUGCAAAGCCCCAAAAAAAUGUUUUCUUUCUGGAAUUCUUACAUUUUCAGUCUGCAAUGAUUUUUCUGAUGCUUCACUUUUUCAUAGUUGUGUUCUAUUACCAGAUGUAAAAAAACAUGUAAACUUGUGCUGAUGAUGAGGAUGCUACUAUGUCAUUCUGCUACACCUUCAGGGGAGUGUAUUUAAUGUACUACAGACAUUUCUUUAAGUUUUGUUCUUUUUAUACUGUACAAACAUUGUUCUUGUUCAAGCUUUUCUGUUAGUACAAAACUGAAGAAAAUCAAAUGAAUGACCUGUCCUGCCAAAUAUGCUGACUUGCUUUUUAAAAUGAGAAAUCUAUGAUUUGGGGGACACUUGCUAAUAUUUGGGGUUCGUCCAGUGGGUAGGGGGGUGACUUGUUUAUUCAGUUGUCUUAUUGAAUUGGUCUUAAUGAUUUUCUGGGUAUCAGUUCUUUGUCUUGUUAUGAUUCAGGUACAGAUGAAGGAGAAUGAAGGAAAGAUUGAUGCACGUAUAUAAGAGAUAAUUCCAUAAUUCCAUAGGAACCAAUGUAAUUAUCAUUCUGGAUUGAACAGUCUCAUCCUGAGCAGGCGGGGGGCUGAAAAAGUAUGUUUCUGAGUCUUCCAGGCCAUGCCAGGAGGCCUUAGGAGGGUGGUGCUUUAAACAUAUAGCUCCUCCUCCUCAUUAUCAUCAUCAUCCUUCUUCUUUAUCUGGUUACUUACAGGCUCAGCAGCCCCCCUGGACUGAUGGCUUAUGUGCUGGGUAAACAGGUUGCUUUGCCAAGAGGCUAGCUAAUCAGUUACAGGGUUACAAGUCUCUUUUUUUUUCUUUUCCAGUUUGUUUAAGCUCAGGAUCCUCCAGAAGGCAAACAGAUGUAAAUUUGUCAAUCCCCCUUAAACAAGGUGGACUCUGGAGUAUGCUGAAGGGGAAUCCUUUAUUGAUUUACUUUAAAAUCACUUCCAUUGAGGUAGGGGUAGGGGGUGGGUG